CGGGAAUCCCGCCCGCCACUCCCAAACAAUCGUCUCUCCCGGAUUAUUCGCGCUCCCAACAUUCCUCGCCGUCCAGACCGUGUCCACGAAUUCCCGACCGGGGCGCGUGCUGCUGCUGCUGCUGCUCCUGCUGCUGCUGGACUUGAAUGAACGGCCCACACACGGUACUGCAGCUCUCGUUGGCGUCUGGUCACCGCGCACUUCCCCUGACCGGACCAUGUCCCCCAAGUCUCCCUCCUCCACCGUCACUCCCAUCGAAAUGGUUUCCCAGGCCCAGGUUCUUGAUCGCUCCCUGCCCGCGCAAAGCGCUCCCUCCUCCGUGUCGCGCCAUUCCCACUCCAGUCGCCGACACCGGUCCAGUCGCUCCCACCACGGCGGUGGCCUCACCCACCAGCCCCAGAACGACUUUCCGAUUUUCACUCACACCGGCGACGUCGAGAUCGUGAUCCGCGCGGCCGGACAGGAACAACGCUACCUCCUCCAUCGCUUGAUAUUGGCACAAUGCUCCGGGUAUUUCGAAGCCAGCACCCGCGAGGAGUGGUCGCGACAAUCCUUCCCAAGGCCGCCGAUCCCAGAUACCGUGGUGCUGUCGAGGAUUAGCGAAGAUACCUCCUCGCUAUCGAACGGCUCAACCCUCGCCCAGUCGGAGAGCGGAGCAUCCGCGUGGUCAGAGAAGCGCAGGUGGAGAUACGAGCUGGACUGGGCGAACAAGGCGGAGGACGAGGAACCUAUCCUAGUACAGAAGCCACCCAGCUUUUCCAGUGCCUUUGGAUCCGACGUGGGACAGUACCCUCCCUCGGUGACCAAACCAUCGAACACUCAAACCGGGUUCGUCCGAUCUAUGGCAAACCUGGCUGGAAUGCAGUCCGUGGUGAACCUCCCACAUCGAUCGAGCAUAGCGAGUGCACCGACCGACCCCAUCGUUCGCGACUACGACAACCUGUUCCGCUUGUUCUACAACCAUACGCCCAUGAUCAACAGUGUCAACAUCGCGACCGCUUACUCGGAGUGCCGGUCUCUCCUCAACCUCGCCGAUAUGUACGAUGCGCUGCCUGUCACUGGACCCCGAGUGGACCACCACCUGCUGGGGUUUGGCUCCCGGCUGUUCAAGCAAAUCGCCAAGUACCCCCCGAGCUACCUCAAGCUGGGCUACCUUGCGCGCAGCCGAGUCAUCUUCUCCGAAGCCCUCAUCCAUGUCGUGGGACAGUGGCCCUCCGCACUCCCGCACCUGCGCAACGGGCCAUACUCCCCGCUCCCAAAUUCCGUACUGGACAUCAUCGAGGACAAGGUGGAGGAUCUCGAGGACCUGAAGGCGCGCAUCGACUCGAAGCUCUUGCGACUGACCCUGACAACCUCUCGCGGCGAGCGCGUCACUCCGACCAACGCAUACCUGGACUGGCUGGCCGUUUCGCUCUUCCGACAAUGGCUUGUCGACAGCACGACGCCACCCCCAGCCCCCAUUCUGAAAAACCCAUCCAACGCGCAUGCCAGCUCCAGCAACCACGGCAGUCGCGGGCCCCCGACCCUCAGCCACCGACCCGACAUGACCUCCAAACCCGCCCCCACGUCCACCCCCCUGUCCACGGCGCGGGUCUACCGUCUCAUCGGCUCCUCCUCCAGCCAAGCCUACCUCCCGCACGACGACCUCAAACGAUUCCUCAAGGUCCACCCCACCCCUUCGUCAGAAUCGCUCUACACGCGCGAAGUCCUGAAACGGUUCGAGCGCAAGAUGGACGAAAUCAAACGGCUGGCCCGCGAGAUUGUCAAGCCGCUCAUGCGCAAUUUCCUCGAAUUAGAUCUGAAGGGCGCCGAUUACGUCGAAGGUGGACUACCCUAUUUGACCUGCACCAAGGUCGAAGACGAAGACAUACCAUGGGAAUGAACGACCAUAUAACAACAGCAACGAAAAUGAAAGACGAAAGAUGAAAGACGAAAGACGAAGAAAUUCCAGACGGCGCAACGCGAUACUCACGACAUCCACCCACUCAUCCAUCUACUUACUUUACGCAUUAUGCCUUCGAUACCCGGAUAGUUCGGUCACGGUUACAGUUUAAACUUCAGUUUCAGUUUCAUUUUUUUCAGUUACGGUUUAAGAGAUAUGAUUUCCUCCCUUGAUGUUUAUGCAAUGUUUAUGAUAUUAUGUUUCCAUGUUUAUCCCCCC